GGGGGGGGGGGGAAGGGGCUAUAUGAUUCUAAACACGUAUUCUCUCUUUUUUUUUCUCUUUACUUUCUUUAUUUUUCUUAAAUAUAUACAAACAUGUCUUGGCAAGCUUAUGUAGACUCUAACCUUCUCGGUACUGGUCAAGUUUCUCAAGCCGCUAUUUACGGUUUGAACGGCGGUGAAUGGGCUAAAAGUGCUGGUUUCCAGUUGAGCUCUAAUGAAGUCAAAGAAAUUACUGAUGCCUUCUCUAACAGCGAGGGUGUUCUCGCUAGUGGUGUUCAUGUAAACGGUGUCAAAUAUCUCACUAUCAGAGCCGAGGAAAACCUCAUUUAUGCUAAGAAGGGUGCUGAAGGUAUCUGUAUUGCAAAGACCAACCAAGCCUUCUUGGUCGGUACUUACAAGGAAGGUAUUCAACCUGGUAACUGUAACAAGGUUGUUGAAGGUUUAGCAGACUACUUGAAGUCUGUUGGUUACGUAUGUACUUUUAAAAUCCAGUGCACUAAAGAAACUAACGCGUCUUUUAUAGUAAAAUAUCCUCUUUCUCUUGUUAAAUAAACAUAUACACCUUUUCAUAAACAU